AACUUCAAGUCAGUCGUUAUACAGCACUUGGUAGGACCGCACGUGUCCAGUUGAUACAAAAACAACGCAAAAUUCGUUAAGGAAAACCGUUUGAAAAGAAUUUAAAAGUUUUAAUUAUCGUUUUUAUGUUUUAAAUAGUAUAUUUAUUUGUUAAUAAUUAGUGACAGAAAUGGAAGACGUGUAUACAAUAAAAGUGAAAACGAAACCAGAUCCAAGGAACUUGUAUCCAUCGGAACGUCGGUAUUCUGCGUCGACCGUGUCUGGCUUUGCUUGGGUUCACAUUGUUCUGGCGAUAACAUUACUAAUAUUAACAAGCCUAACAUUAAUCAUACCAAACGAAAAUUCAGAAUUUACUAACAUAUCUAACUUCAAGAAUUCCACAAACAACGAUAAUUCAUAUCUGUUAGUGAUGGCGCCAAGUUUAGUGUCAAUAUUCGCGUUGACAGCUGGUUUGACUGCAAUUUUGUCUUCUGUGAAGUGGUACAUUGAUAAAAAUAUAGCAUUGUUUUUCAUAGCGUCUGUUGUUGCGUUUUUAUCGUGUUUAUUAGCCAUUUGUUUGAUUAUAACAUGGGGAUUAACUAAUAAUGGCGAGAGAGAAGUCUUUGUGUUAAAACACACCGAUAUACUCAAUAAGAAUGAGACCCACUUGGUAAUUAAUCGAAAUGUUACCGAAGAACAAACUAAAUUGUUUACAAAUAAUGUUUUGUUUGUGAAUAUUUUGAUUGCUACGAUAUUAGAGUUGAUCUUGUCGAUUUUAAGUAUAAAAAUCUCAUAUAAAGGUAUGAAAAACACGUAUAAUGUUGAGGAUAAACGCGGAGAUUGUGUCCAAGUCGUGACAAAGAUAAAAGGAACACAGGGAAGAAAAUUUCACCCCAAACUUAAUAGGAUUUUUCUUGCCCAUAAUAAAAAUGGUUUUUAUUUGAAGAAUGAAAAAGCGAAAACUCCAGAGACAAGUUCCGAGUUGUAUAAAGAACGAAUGAUGGAUUUUUUGAAUGAGUCCUUUGAAGGGUCAUCAAACCCGGAACAAUCCAGUGAGCAAUCAGAAACAGCCGUAAAACCCGGGACCCCCAAUAAACGAAUAACACCACUAAGUUGGGGAGAUUCACCAGAUCAUAGUGUGUAUAAUCAAAAUACAGUGAAUUUUGAAAGAGUUUUCAAGUUUCACAAUGAUAAGACUGAUAAUAAAGAGUGACAAAUUUGUUACAAGAAUCAAAAGCUUAAAUAUCUACAUAAAAAUAGGCAACUCAAAUAUUGGAUAAAUUUGUAUUAAAUGUGAGAACAUAACUUAUUAACAUAAUACAUUAUGUAUAAUUUAACCAUAGCGCUAAGAAAACCUAUGAUAUAAAUAAAUAGUGAAAAUUGGAUUAAUAUAUAAUAUGUUAUGUGAUAUUUAUAUGAUAUCUUGCCCACAAAUAAUAUAAUAUUAAUUGGAGCUGAAAGGUCAUGGGUUAAGCGUAGUAUGAAAUUGUUCAAUUAAAAUACAUUGUUUUUUGUCUUUGUAUAAACUUUCAUUAAUAUAUUAAACUAUGUUAUCACAUAAUGUAAACAAUUAUAUAUUUUUUUUAUGUAACAGGAGGCAAACAGGGAGCACUUGCAAGCCUUCUGGCAACACAUAUUGCCAGAAGUGGCACUAGGCUUGUAAGUGCAUUGCCGGCCUUCAAGACAAGAAUGUGUACGCUCUUUUCUUGAAGGACCCUAAGUUGAAUUGGUUUGAAAAUACUUCAGUGGGCAGCUAGUUCAUAGCGGUGGUGCGUGGUUGGCAAAAACUGACUUAAGAAACAACAACUCCUCUGAACACUCCAUUCCCUGGCAAGACUAUAAGAAUAAUGAUAAUCAUCUCACAAAAAAACUUGAAUCUUACAUAAUAGAAAUAAUUGAUGAAGUUAUAAAUUAUAUUAAAUAGAAUUAUAUCACAAUGAUAAGUAUAGAUAGAAAAAACCUUAUUUUAAUCAAACAGAUGUCUAUCUAAGCUCAGAAAGUAUAUGGUAUGACCAUCAUUUCUGAACCAAUACAUUUUUAGCAUUAAGGGAAAUACUAAGCAUACCUCUUGACUGGAAUCUAAUAUAGCAAAUCUCUCUAGUUGUAGUCUGCUGUAUGUAUGUUUGGUCUAAACCAUAACUACUGUUGCUUUUAAAACAUCACUCCUUUCCUAUAUACAAAUAUAAAUAAUACAUAGUUACCAUGUAAGUUGGCAAUACUACAUGAGUAGAAGUUUUAACAAAUCUAUUUGUUCUAAACUUGUCAAACUACAUGUCUUUAAUUGGAAUUUUGUGGGUCUUAAGGCCAAGGCAUGCUAGUUUUCUCACUGUUUUCCUUGAUCAUGCGAAUGUUAAGUAUGCAUCAAAUGGAUUGAACAAUUAGUCUGAUCCUGAAACAACUAGUUUACCACUGCUGAAUAUUGUUAAUAGUGAUAGAAAUUAUUUUGUGAUAUUUUAUAAUUUUUUAUAUGACCUUGUAUUUAUCUUAUAAUAAAUUUAUUUUAAAGAUUAAUCUUUUA